AUGAAAUUUCCAAUAGAAAACCCAAGGAAACAAGUUAACUGGGACCCCGAACAAGUGGCGGUCCAGACCAACUUGGUCCCUCCCAAAAAGGUCCAGCCUGGCAUGGCGAAGUCCAGUCUAGUCCAGGCCAGUGUGGCCACCAUGCAGAACCCCAUGGGCUGUGACCCUAAGACCAACGGCCACUGUCCACUGCCACGUCUGUCCAUCUCCUCCCGCUCGGCCAGCGUGGUGGCCAGCAUGGACGCCAGCUGCGACGGCUCGGCCGCUGCGCUCCACUCGGUGAUGAAGUGGAAGACGGUGCUGGCGGUGUUCAUCGUGGUCGUUCUCUACCUGGUUUGCGGAGGGCUGGCGUUCAAUGCCCUGGAGCAGCCGUUUGAGAGCAACCAGAAGACCAGCAUCACUCUGGAGAAGGCUUCUUUCCUGGAGAGACACCCCUGCGUUACUCCUGAUGAGCUGGAGGCGCUCAUCAAGCAUGCCAUAGAUGCUGUGAGUGCGGGAGUGAGUCCUAUUGGAGACACAUCCUACAAUUCCAGCUAUUGGGACCUGGGCAGCGCCUUCUUCUUCGCUGGAACUGUCAUCACAACCAUAGGUUAUGGAAACAUAGCUCCAAGCACGGAGGGUGGGAAAAUCUUUUGCAUCCUUUAUGCCAUAUUUGGCAUCCCUCUCUUCGGCUUCUUGUUGGCGGGGAUUGGGGACCAGCUGGGGACCAUCUUUGUCAAAAGCAUCUUGCGAGUUGAGAAGAUAUUCAGGCAAAAACACAAACAGAUCAGCCAGACUAAGAUCAGAGUGACGUCCACCAUCCUGUUCAUCCUGGCCGGCUGCAUUGUUUUCGUCACCAUCCCUGCUGUCAUCUUUAAACACAUCGAGGGCUGGACCACACUGGAGGCCAUCUACUUUGUCGUGAUCACUCUCACCACAGUGGGAAUAGGAGACUACGUGGCAGGUGGAAACAGCAGGAUCGACUACAUGAAGUGGUACAAGCCUCUGGUGUGGUUCUGGAUCUUGGUGGGCUUGGCGUACUUUGCGGCCGUCCUCAGCAUGAUCGGAGACUGGCUUCGAGUACUGUCUAAAAAGACCAAAGAGGAGGUCGGGGAGUUUAAAGCUCACGCGGCUGAAUGGAAAGCAAAUGUACGAGCAGAAUUCCGUGAAACGCGGCGGCGCCUGAGCGUUGAGAUCCACGACAAGCUCCAGCGGGCCGCCACCAUCCGCAGCAUGGAGCGCCGACAGCUUGGCCUGGAGCAGCGAGCUCACUCCCUGGACAUGCUGUCUCCAGAGAAGCGGGCCCUGUUUGCCAGCCUGGACGCCGGCCGCUUCAAGACUUCCUCCCAAGAAAGCAUCGACACCAAGCUCAACAACCUGAGGCUGAAGGGCGCCUGCGAGGCAUACGACCAUCAGGGGAGCGAGCAAACGCAGCAGACGGCGUCGUCCUCAGAGGAGAACCUCUUCAACCUGCGCUUCGGAUCCCUCACCAAGCUGGCCAGACGCAACAAGAACCGCGAGCUGCGGAGGAACAUCCCAGAGGACGCGCGGCGGGCGAGCGUGGGCAUAAACAAUGGCAGUGCCAUGCUGGGUGAGGAGAGGACGGAGGAAGAAGACGAAGACGGGGAGCCAGACGAGGAGAGCGGAGAAAGAAAAGAGGGAAACACCAGUCUGACAAACCUGUCGCAGUACGCAAAGGAGCGCACUAAGUUGAACGGGUUCAUACCGGUACAGGCCAAAGAUGGAGAGAACGACUAGAUACUGACAGCCCUUCAGAGACAGAAACAGAGCGAGAGAGUCGGAGAACAAGAGUGCGUGGUCCUUGGAGAUGUCGAGAAAUGUGCCUUUCUGUUUCCUAUGCUUGGAUUGGAACUGCUCCCAGGAAAUUCAGUCAUCGUGCCAUAGCCAUGGGGGGAAAAUGUGUUGCCAAAAAAAUGAAUGAACAGAAGAGACAGAAGAGGCUGA